UUCCUACAUAUCCAUCUUCUUCUUUUUUUCUCUAUUCAAUGCCUAAGAAUUAGUCCUAUAUGAUUAAAAGCUCAAUUUCAAGAAGAUACAUUCUCAUUGUGACAAUUGUCAUGAAUUAGGAGGUUUUCCCUUGUUUUUCCCCAUUAUGGUUUUUUGUCUCUUAUUUCCUUCCACACUUUCCUUCCCUUUUCCCCCUCUCCUAAUUAGCCAUAUAAAUACCUCUUGUGUACUCUUUGUCCCAACUCCCAACUCUUCUAAUUCCUUCCUUAUUUUUCUUGUUUAAUUUGAUCAAAACUUAGUUAUACAUAUUUCUAAAGUUAUGAUGAUUGAGUCUUGGAAUCCUCCUCUCUUACAUGAUUACUCUAAGCUUUCGCGACAGAGCAGUCGUGACGAUGGUGAGACAAACCACAGCGCGAAACUGGUGAUGGAAGAGUACGAACUUCCGUUGAUAGACCUUAGCGGUCUAAAAAGUAAAGAUGAGAGACAAAAGAUUAGUUGCGAAAACGCAAUAGCCAAGGCUUCAUCUGAAUGGGGUUUUUUUCAAGUUGUGAACCAUGGUGUGAGUCUUGACUUACUUAGGAAGAUGAGGAGAGAACAAAUGAAGUUAUUUAAGGCAUCUUUUCAAAUGAAAGCUACUUGUGGGAUUUUAAAUAAUUCUUAUAGAUGGGGAAAUUCAACAGCUACUUGUCCUAAGCAAUUUUCUUGGUCAGAAGCUUUUCAUAUCCCUAUGACAAAGAUUUCAGAAGCUGAUUCUUAUGGAGAGUUCACAACUUUAAGGGAAGUGAUGGUGGAAUAUGCAGCUGCAAUGCAAGACCUAGCCAAAUCACUUGCUGGAGUUCUUGUAAGAAACUUAGGUCAAAGAGAUAAUCUAAUCAAAGGAAUUUGCAAUGAGAGUUCAUGUUUUCUUAGACUCAAUCACUAUCCACCUUGUCAAAUUUCUCCAGAAAUAUUUGGAUUAGUACCACAUACAGAUAGUGAUUUUUUGACCAUUUUACAUCAAGAUGAAGUUGGUGGACUUCAACUAAUGAAAGACUCCAAAUGGAUAGCUGUCAAACCUAACCAAAAUGCACUUAUUGUCAACAUUGGAGAUCUUUUUCAGGCUUGGAGCAACGAUGUGUAUAAAAGUGUGGAACACAAAGUGAUGGCUAAUGGAAAGAUGGAGAGAUUCUCAAUAGCUUAUUUCCUUUGCCCUUCUUAUGAUUAUUUAAUUGGAAGUUGCAAAGAGCCCUCUAUUUAUAGGAAAUUCACUUUUGGAGAAUACAGAUAUCAGAUUCAACAAGAUGUCAAAUUAAUUGGACACAAAGUAGGCCUCUCAAGAUUUGUUCUAUAGCAUUUUACACAUAUAAGAGCAAAGAAAAAGAAAACAUAUAUUUGAGGCCUAAGAUCCUAGAAGAAAACCACAAUUUUGAGGGAGUUGAUACAAGAAAAGUUUUUUGUUAUCUUUUAUUCGUAUAUAUAUGUAGAUCGAUUUACCUAUAUAGUUUUAAAAUUAAAGGAGAGGUCUUUUUGUUUACUUCUUUUUGUUUGGGAAAGGAAAGUGAAUUGAGACAUUACAUCAUAGGCACGUACAUUAGAAAGUGACAGCAAAUGUUACUUUUGUACUAUGUUGUUUGCAAUUGUUCUAAGUUUGAUAUAUGAAUAAAGAUAAGAGUAACG